AUGGCUGCGGAAGAUGGACUGGCGGACGGGAGGAUGGCCGAUAUCGUUCGAGCGCUCGAACUCAUACACAAUCCCUCGUCAACGAAUGAACUUCGCCGCGAGGCACUCCAGUUUGUGGAAUCGCAGAAGGGGAGCCCAUCCGCCGCUCGUAAUGGCUUUCUAUUAGCGUCACGAAGAGAAAACGAUGUGUUGGUUCGCUAUUUCGGGCUAACUCUUCUCGACCACGUCCUGCGCCAUACUUCGUUCACUGCUACGGAUGAGAUUGUGGGCUUGAGGGAUAUCGUUUUGAAGCUUGCCGAGACCAUUCAACCAGAAGACCCUGCAUAUAUCCGCAACAAGAUUCCGCAGUUAUGGGCUGAGGUGGCCAAGAGGAGCUGGGGCCUGGAUUGGCUGGACAUGGAUGAGCGCCUCGUCCAAUUCUGGAAUGCAAGUCUUGUGCAUAAGGAAUUGGUCCUUCUCGUUCUCGAGACACUUUCGGAAGAUAUAUUCUACCGCGAGGAUACCGUUUCGUCGUUGCGCGGAACCGAUCUAAACCGAAAUUUGGUGGAAAUUUACACGCCCCUGGUUGUAUUCGAGCAAGCGCAUCCUGAACGCGAUAACCACGUAGAAAUCCGUUGCGCGAACGAGGGUUGGCUGGCCCGAAUCUGCGAAUUCCUUCAGGACUGCAUCGGCAAUAUCCAACAUUCGAAACAAGCAAAGGAUGCUGCUCUGAAGGCUCUAGCCAACUUCAAGUCAGUGCUGGUGUGGUCAAUACCUAGGGCUAUUCAUCUCUCGGGCUGUGUUCAGAGCAUUGCCAGAGCUUUCACUUGCAACGAUGAGCAGGUACUGUUGGCUGCGGUCGAGGCGUUACAUGCGCUAUAUAGCAGAUCAGCAUACGACAGUGAAGGAUUUCAACCUCUAGUACAUAUAAUGUACGAAGCAGAGUCUCUCAAUGUGAUCUUAAAACUAUUCCAGUGGUCGGUUGUUGGCCCCGAAGAUAUCGACGAUACAAAGUACACAAUAUCCAAAAAGCUUUCUGAGGUGGUUUCCUAUGUUGCGGGUUUUCUCGAAGAAAAAGGCUUUACUAUUGAAAGUUCACCUGGUGUGGACUUGCCAUUCUUUUUCCAUCUCAUGUUAAACGUUGUUCAGCAUCGCAGUCUCACUGUGUCGAUACCCGUUCUGCAUAUUUGGUCAAAACUAAUUGCAUCCCCAAAGGUUGGGAACCUAGAAGUUGUGGUGAAUCUCAUCCCACCAUUACUAACCAUCUGUACUGAACGUCUUGUGCAUUGGGAGUCCCUCCCUGCCGAUUCGGAGGAUCCUACAGUAAUAUUUCUUAAUGAAGAUAUUGACACUGUUCCGGAAAAGCAUGCAUUCGUCGGGAAUUACCGUCGCUACUGUUCGUCCAUUAUCGAGACGAUCGUACAGAAACGGCCCGAAGAAGCCAUCCCCCACAUUCUCCUUGGAGUUGAUGGCAACCUAGAUAACCUGUAUAGCGGGGUCAAGCCAUUCACUGCGGAAUCGUUCUCAAAGAACUCAGUGCCUUUGAUGCGCGCGGAUACGCAAUUUGCAGUGGUGGAUGCAACCCUAAAGGGUUAUAAUAAAUGGGUCGCACUUCAUGGACGCAUGCCCCAGCAAGAUGAACAAAGGCGCGCCGAGUUAGAAAGUGUUCUAGAAACUUGGGCAUAUAAGUUGAUGCAAAGAAGCUUCGAGGAUCCUGUCUUGAAGCAGCGCAUCGUGAAACUUGUCGUCGACAUAUCCUCCAAAGCGCUUGAUAAAACACCCAGUUUUGCGCUCAAAGUUCUGGAGUACACUCUCAUGACACGUCUACCCGACCAACCAGAGUUUCCAGCUUAUUCAGAGGCCGUAAAAGAGCUCCAUGGGUUGGCUAGUCACGAACUACGUCGGCUUGCAACUCGCUAUGCUGACUACUUUUCUACCUUCUAUGACCUUCUAGAGCCUAAGAUCCAAGAGAUUACCUUGGCCAACCGAGUAGACGACAAGCUUCAUAUGGAAUUCACCUCUAUCCUUCUUAUUAUCAUGCAACGUGCGAAUAACAUCGACCCUUACCUGCGCCAGUCGCGAUUGGCCUCGUUUUUGGAGCCGAUUCAGCAGGCCUGGCAGGAUGACGAACUCCGCAAUAUGUGCUCAACCUUUGAAGGAUUUUGUAGCAUGCUCGGGUUGCAGAAUGUAGGGCCAUACAUGCAAUCGAAACAAGCUCAAAAGCUGGCGGAUUGGUCAGAAGUGACUCUUGAUGCGGAGGGCAAACAAGUCCAGGAGGAAAUGACCCAGAAAUUUCAGCAACUACCUCUGAGGGGUACGAAGACGAUGUUAGCGGUCUCUACGGACAAGCUCAAGAAAGCGGAACCGCCAUACGACAUUGCCUGUACUAUCUGGCAUGACAUAAUCCCAACGGUCUUGCCAACUCUUUUGCAGCUUGUCAGCAACGCCCAUGCGUUUCACAACCCAGAGAAUUGGGCCGGUCUGCCUGGUGACAUGCGGGGUAUCGUUGAGCGGAUUCUAACGGAUAGAUUCUGGCAAGCUGGUAUAUCGACUGGAAGUCGAGAUGAUUUCUACGCGAAAAUCACCGCUUCUCGGGUGUCCCUUGAGGGCUUCGCGUCAUCGGUGAGGGGGAAAAUCAGGGCAGUUAGAGAAUCCUGCUACUCAAUGCUCUUCAGUAUGAGCAGAUUGCGCGAGCAUUUCUACGGGUUUGCGGAGCUUCCUGGGCCGCUAUCCCAAGCUCUUUUCAAAGACUCCCCUUAUCUCUCCUCCCAUCAAUUUUCGGUCCUUCUCAACAUCUCUAGGUGUCUAAUCGACGACUGUCCUGUUCGCUUCCGAAGCCAAUUCUUGCCCCCAAUGUUGUCCACCCUAUUCACCAAUAUCGACCGAAAAGUCACGUCGGAAUGGGAGAUCAUUGAACAACGCAAAGCAGGACUGGGAGACGGCGACUUAGCCGAUGAGAUGAAGUCAGAGAGCAUCCUGCGACAGCUGACAUAUUCAACUGUUAUUAUGGUGGCAAGCCUUCUGGACCCGCAACGAGGAGACCCUGAUGAGGAACCCGCGGAUCCAAGUGUCCCCCUCCCGCCACCAGCACUGUCAGACUCGAUCAGACACUUUGUCCUCUCUUCCACUGAAAUAUUCGAGCCAGUAAUGCUUUUCUGUACCCACGCAUUACGUAUGCGUGAUACACGGUGCUGUAGCAUUAUAACACGGGUCAUCCGAUCCAUCCUGCAAGACUUUGCUCCCCCCAACAACUCACAAACAGUCAUAACUAUCCGCGAAUUCAUCUCCUCCGAAGUGCUAAAAGCAUGUAUAACGUCAGUGCACGAGCCAUACUUCGUCGAUAUGCAGAAAGACCUGGCGCAACUCAUCGCAUCCAUCUGGGUCUUGUACGGCGCAAGCACACCAACACCAAAGGCCCUAAUACUCAGCCUUCCCGGCAUGACUGAACAGUUAGUAGCGAACACUGAAGCUGCUCUUGUGCGCUCCACAUCAGCACGCCAGCAGCGAGCCUUGGUACUUGACCUCCUAGAAGGGCUCAGAGGUAUCAGCGUUGCCGAACAAGGCAAGAUUCUGGGAUCUCGUGAGGAACGCCGCAAAGCACGAAGCGCUCUUCAAGAGAGAUAUAUGAGCAACGAGAUGGAAGGUCAACAGGGCCACAAGGUUGAUAUAAAUGAUGGACCAGACCUUUCCGGUGUUGCGGAUAUGUUUGGUUGA